AGUUCUCAUUCUUCCAGGUUCAAACAGGAGAUGGCCAUGAUCAACCAAAGCUCCCUAGAGGGCUUCAUCCUUCUGGGCUUCUCUGAACAUCCACAGCUUGAAAGAAUCCUCUUUGUGGUUGUCUCAGCUUCCUACCUCCUGACUCUGGUGGGAAACACAUUCAUCAUCCUGCUGUCCGUGCUGGACCCCAGGCUCCACUCCCCAAUGUACUUUUUCCUCUCCAACCUCUCCUUCUUGGACCUCUGCUUCACCACAAGCUUUGUCCCCCAGAUGCUGGUCAACCUCUGGGGUCCAAACAAGACCAUCAGCUUCCUUGGUUGCUCUGUCCAGCUCUUCAUCUUCCUGCUCCUGGGGACCACAGAGUGCAUCCUCCUGACAGUGAUGGCCUUUGACCGCUAUGUGGCUGUGUGCCAGCCCCUCCACUAUGCCACCAUCAUCCACCCCCGCCUGUGCCGGCAGCUGGCAGCUGUGGCCUGGGUUAUGGGACUGGUGGAGUCAGUGGUCCAGACACCACCCACGCUCCGCCUGCCCUUUUGCCCUCACCGGCAGGUGGAUGAUUUUGUCUGCGAGGUCCCUGCUCUAAUUAGACUCUCCUGUGGGGACACCACCUACAAUGAGAUUCAGAUGGCCAUUGCCAGCAUCAUCAUCUUGGUUGUGCCUCUCACCCUCAUUCUUAUCUCUUAUGGUGCCAUUGCUCGGGCAGUCAUGAGGAUCAAGUCUGCAAAAGGAAGGAGAAAGGCCUUUGGGACCUGUUCCUCUCAUCUCCUUGUAGUCACUCUCUUCUACAGCUCAGUCAUUGCUGUCUACCUCCAGCCCAAAAACCCCUAUGCCCAAGAGAGGGGCAAGUUCUUUGGUCUCUUCUAUGCAGUGGGCACUCCUUCACUCAACCCUCUCAUAUACACCCUGAGGAAUAAGGAAGUAAAGAGGGCAUUCCGGAGACUGCUGGGGAAAGAUGAAGACCCCAGGGAGAGCUGAGGAAAAGCUGAUUAACAUAUUUGCAAAGUGAGAGAUUGUUUUGUCAGGAAUUUUGUGUUCCCU